GUUUUUAAAGUUAAAAAUGUCAAUCCGAAAUCUGUAGAGAAUUUCUGCUCCUAUAGAACAAAUUCUUUCCUGCUUAAUCUAAUAAAUUCUUUCAUUCUUUAUGUAUUAUAUUUUUACAGGAUGAAACCAUCAGUAAAGACUAGCAUGUAUAUGACUAUUUUCUUAGUUCUUGCAAUUUCGCAACUUAGCUCAGCAGCCGAGUGCGAUCCUAGCGUGUGCGGCAUAAGGGACUCUAGAAUCAAUUGUAAUAGAGGCUACAGAGCAGUCUUUGCAACCUGUAGUUGCUGUCUUACUUGUGAAAGAGUUCUACAACAAGGAGAACAAUGCGAAGUAAGACGAUCUCAAUACGAAGUGCUUAGAGGAGGAGUAGUCUAUGAAAACUUUACCUACCCCCAUUGUGCCCAAGGUCUAUAUUGCAGUUAUUCCAGAACAUGUCAAAGAAGAAACUUUUAAUUAUUUUACAUUGUUCCAAUCUAAUUUUGAUUUCUAUGAUUACUGGAAAUUUAAAAUUUCCCCUCCAUUGAUUGGAUUAAAGUAAUGUUUCAAAAACUC